ACACCACUCUAGGAGGCCUCCAAACCUCCCUCUUCCCUGGCCCACCUCCCUGUCCCUCUACCUUGCUAACCCCUCUCCCGGCAUGGAUCUAAAGGACCGUCGGGGGCAGCAGAACCAGCAGCGCUCCCUGACCAGGGCUCUGUGUGGUCAAGACCCCCAGAACACUGCAUCUUCCCUGGACACAAAGGAGUGCCGCGUGCCCACCCAGAAGUCCUACAGCUCCAGUGAGACGCUCAAGGCCUUCGACCAUCACGACCAGAGGCUGGUCUACGGAGGAUGCACUGUGGCUGAUCUGGUGCACCACAAGGCGGAUGAGUACAACAGGCAAGGCGGUAACUUCCACACCCUGGCUGAACUCGGAGUUUGCGACCCAGGUUCCGUUCACCCUGCAGUCCCUGCCUACUGUCCUGACCUAAGCUUGCUCCAGAGGGGCUACUCCCUCAGCGCAGGGUCAGACCCUAAUGCAGAUUCUGACCCAGAGGGGCCCCUGUCCCCAGAGAGAGCCAUCCAGCUGUGGGGAGGAGGACCAGGAGGAGGAACAGGAGGAGGGGUGAAGAGCAGACACAGCUCAGGACUGUCCAGCAGAGAAAACUCAGUGCUCACUCUCACUGACUCAGACAACGACUACAAGUCUGACCACGAAUCAGGUAGGCCCCUACCUCCUCCCUCCUCCCCCUCUGCCCCUCCCUCUUCAUCCCUAUGCCCCUCCUCCUCCUCCUCUCCACCAUUCAGGGAGUGCCAGGUGCCUCUGCUGGAGAAUAACUCCUCCCACUCCCGCUUGGAGCCCCGCUCCCACGAUGACUCAUACCUGCUCAGACACCAAUCCCCCUCCUCCGGAGCUCCUAACCACCUUAGUGGUUCCACUCUGCGACCCCCCCUGCCUCCCCCUCACAACCACCAGACCCUUUCCCACCACCACCACCACUCAUCAGCCAACAGCCUGAACAGGAACACCCUAAGAGGGGGUAGGAACACCAUCCACGCCCCCCCUCCGGUACCAGGGGAUGGGCCCACCUCACCAGAGUCUGUACAGCUACAGGACAGCUGGGUACUGAAUAGUAACGUUCCACUGGAAACCAGGCACUUCCUGUUUAAGACAUCGUCAGGGACAACCCCUCUCUUUAGUAGCUCCUCCCCUGGUUACCCUCUGACCUCUGGGACGGUCUACUCUCCGCCCCCUCGCUUAUUACCCAGAAACACCUUCUCCCGCUCUGCCUUCAAGCUCAACAAGCCGUCCAAGUACUGCAGCUGGAAAUGUGCCGCCGUAUCGGCCAUUACUACAGCCAGCCUGCUGGCUAUACUACUGUCUUACUUUAUAGCCAUUAACCUGUUGGGUCUGACGUGGUACCUGCAGUCCUCUGAAGGCCCUGUGUUGAACAACGGUCUGAGUACUGCAGGUCUAGCUGUCAACAGUGAUGUGGCCACACUGCCCUCCGGAGGCAGAGCUCCUUGGCCAGGUCCUAACAGCAGUAUAGACAGUGGGGAUGUGGAGGUGGGGAGGAGGGUGAGUCAGGAGAUUCCUCCAGGGGUGUUCUGGAGGUCUCUGCUUCACCUGGCCCAGCCACAGUUCCUCAAGUUCAACAUCUCCCUGGGGAAAGAUGCUUUGUUUGGGGUCUACAUCCGCAAGGGCCUGCCCCCCUCACACGCACAAUAUGACUACAUGGAGCGCUUGGACGGUAAAGAGAAGUGGAGUGUUGUUGAGUCUCCUCGAGAACGCCGCAGCAUCCAGACUGUGGUUCUAAACGAAGCAGUGUUUGUUCAGUACCUGGACCCAGGAGCAUGGCAUCUAGCCUUCUACAAUGACGGACGAGAAAGAGAGACCGUCUCCUUCAACACUGCUGUAAUGGACUCGGUACAGGAGUGUCCCCGUAAUUGUCAUGGCAACGGAGAGUGUGUGUCUGGUGUGUGUCACUGCUUUCCUGGGUUUCAUGGCAUGGACUGCUCCAAAGAGGCGUGUCCAGUUCUCUGUAGUGGUAAUGGACAGUAUGAUAAGGGAUCCUGUAUCUGCUACAGUGGAUGGAAGGGAGCAGAGUGUGCCGUCCCCACCACACACUGCAUUGACCCUCUCUGUAGUGGACAUGGGACUUGUACUGGCGGGAACUGUGUCUGCUCCCUGGGGUACAAGGGAGACAACUGUGCCAAAGUGGACUGCCUGGACCCGACCUGUUCUAAUCAUGGUAUCUGUGUGAAUGGGGAGUGCCACUGUAAACCCGGCUGGGGCGGCCCACACUGUGAGCUGCAGCGGGCACAGUGCCCAGACCAAUGCCAUGGCCACGGUGCAUUCAUACCAGACACUGGUCUCUGUAGCUGUGAUCCUAACUGGAUGGGACCAGACUGCUCUGUAGAGGUGUGUUCUGUGGACUGCGGGACCCACGGUGUGUGUUUGGGCGCAGCGUGUCAGUGUGAGGAGGGCUGGACGGGUACCGGGUGUGACCAGCGAGUGUGUAACCCACUGUGUAUCAAACAUGGAACCUGCAAAGACGGCAAGUGCCAGUGUCACCAGGGCUGGAAUGGAGAACACUGCACCAUCGGUAGGUGGGGAGAGGAGGAGGUUAUGCAUGUGAUGUAG